UGGGCUCGAGCGUGUGUUUAAAGUGUAGGGGGGAGUAGUUAUAUUUCGCAGGUCACGGCCGUUCCCUUGGCCACCUUUGGACGUAAGUUCAGAGGGAACACCAGGAUGAAGAGCUCGGCUCUGAACGUCUUUGAGCUUUCGUAUCGUUCCACCUUCAUCGACGUCACGGAGGGGGACCUCCAAAAUCCUCCAACAGUUCGCUCACAGAGCUGUCCACCUGAGACGUCUUCCGACCAGCUCGCAGACAUCCACUACGUCAGCAAGGAGCUUGCCACAAAAGGCUAUGUGAAUGAGCUGAAUAAUCGCAAGGGGCUGACAAGAAUGAAACCGCCGGUGAGGGACCAGGAGGAGGCGCCAGUGGAUGGACCUGCCUCGAAGAACGAUGAGGGUGGAGGUCCCGGUGUGGCGCUGCGAGCGGUGAACCCGGGCACGCUGGGACAUCCGCAUGUGUGCCGUCGUCGUUGCGUGCAUCUCUCAAGGGGAAAUUGCAGGCAAGGUGCGAACUGUGGCUACUGCCAUUUGGACCACACGAGAGUCACGAAAUUGGACAAGAAACAUCGCGCCAUGCUGGACGAGCUACCGAAGGGGGUUCUGAUGCUCACCGUCCUCCAUUUCUUGCGGUUGAACGCUGAGGAGCAUGACUUGCUCCCCUGGGCGAGGCCCUUGAUUCAGAUGUGUGAAGAGGAGGCGGCAGCAUUGGGCGGAACGCACAAGCGAUAUCAACGCUUGGACACUUUCUUGUCCAGGAUGUCCUUUGGCGCCAUUUUGAGCCUCGCGAGCCACCGAAUGAGCGACACCUUUCAACAGCGUGUGGCAGAGGCCGAACAAGAUAUCCGCGAGGCUUUGGCAGCUGUUCCGGAGCAGGAGUGAGGCAAACGCAGAGGACGCGCAGCCCGCAUCUUCUGGUCGGGUGAGAAUGGUUGAGCGGACGUCUUCUGGUCUCACAGGUCGUUCACGCUCCUGCGGACACAUUCGACGUCACCCACCAAAAGAGAGAAUCGGUGCAAGCUCAGAAGAGGUGCAUUUCAUUGUCCCAUGAAGUCUCUAAGCAGAAGAG